AACCACUGAAUAAGUUGUAAUUGAAUUUGUUGUCCAGCUAUGUGUUGUCCACCUAUUACCAGGUUGAAACUAAGAGUUGUGAUCAGAAAACUCGGUCUAUUAUAUAUAUACAGUAAUUGACUAGAGCUUUUUAACUUGAAGUAAGAUAGAGUACGGUAAAUGGAUUUGAAUAUAAUUAGGAGAGAAUUCUUUGAAAUUUUAAGAUUAGGUGUGAAGAUAUGAAAUAGUGUUAUCACUUUUGGCUAUAGGUACAUUUAAAGUUACUUUCCUGUUAGAUUUAAUGAUGUGAGAUCAUACUGGUCACUAAGUUUUAACCGCAGUAAAGAAAGGUGUUUCCAUUUGUCUCUGUGAUAAUAAAGUUGUUUUUUAAUGGGACUUUUAAAUGGAAAAAAAACCAUUGGUAGAUUGUAUAUUUUGGAAGUUUAAGUAUGAUGAAGAAGAACUGUAGCAGCCCAUAUCAGUUUCAAGGGAACAUGUGUUGGAACAUACAGCAUUAUUAUGGUGUCAUUUUAAUCUUCUGUUGGUAGGUUUGCAUUAACACAGUCUUAAUGACUCAUACAGCCCUGCUAGAGGUAAAACUUAAAUGUUUAUUCUCUGCUUUAGCUGUUGGAAUUCAUCAAAAUUGUACUUGAAAGAAUAUCUUUCCUUAUGAAUUCUUAAUCGUGGCUGAGGCAAGCAGUAGAUUAGAUAUAAAUCUAGAAGCUUCAGGGAAGAUCAACAGUAUUAUGUUUAUAUUCAUUUUCGAAGUAAGCAGAAUCUCAAAAGGAAAGUGUUCGAAGAGGCGAGAAGUGUGGUGGAUGGUGUGAAAAGAAAUGGAUGUGAUAAAAGGCUUGCAUUUUUGAGAAAAGAAGAGAAACUGAUGUUAUUACUUCAUUCCUGAAUCUCUAAGUAUUGAUCUUGCUUUGUUUUCCUAAAGCAGCAAUUUACCGAAAGGCAUUACUGGUUUGAUAAAAGGGAAUAGUGUUCUGUUUUAUCAGUUCAUUAUAAAGGAGUCAGCAUCAUGGCUUAAUGCUUCUUCUUUCAGUCCCUUUCUCUGUUUAUUGCUGAUUUGACAGUCUCUGAUCCUUUUCCUUUGCUGUUAAAUGUGUGUGUCCUUUGUUUGUGCUGGUGGGUUUUGCUACAUUUGAAUGUGAGAGGAAAAAAAGCCUGUCAUUACUAUACUAGUCUAAUUAGCCUUCUGGGUAAACAUAUACAUUAAAUAGAUCUUCUAAGCCAUGAAAGAAGAGAGCUCACAACAACGUAGAUUUUCUUCUUGUACGGUGGUUUCGCCUGUUUUUUUUCCUCCACGAAUUGAUGGCCGAAAGCUUGUCCGGAAUGCUUCAUUUGGAGGAUACAAUGAACUUUCUCCUUCAUUGCCAGGUUUUGAAAGAGGAAAGGAAGAUGUUUCUCAAAAUAAAGAUGAAUCUUCACUUUCUAUGUCAAAGAGCAAGUCUGAAUCUAAACUUUAUAAUGGCUCGGAGAAAGACAGUUCAGCUUCAAGCAAGCUCACAAAAAAAGAAUCUCUUAAGGUGCAAAAGAAAAAUUACCGAGAAGAAAAGAAAAGAGCCACAAAGGAAUUACUCAGUACAAUCACAGACCCUUCUGUUAUUGUUAUGGCUGAUUGGUUGAAGAUCCGUGGUACUCUGAAGAGCUGGACCAAGUUGUGGUGUGUGUUGAAACCCGGGGUGCUACUGAUCUAUAAAACCCAAAAAAAUGGUCAAUGGGUAGGAACAGUCCUCCUGAAUGCCUGUGAAAUCAUUGAGCGUCCAUCAAAAAAGGAUGGCUUUUGUUUCAAACUUUUUCAUCCUUUGGAACAAUCUAUUUGGGCAGUGAAGGGUCCAAAAGGUGAAGCAGUUGGAUCCAUAACUCAGCCCUUACCUAGCAGCUACUUGAUCAUCCGAGCUACUUCAGAGUCAGAUGGCAGGUGCUGGAUGGAUGCUUUGGAGUUGGCUUUGAAAUGUUCUAGUCUUCUUAAGCGUACAAUGAUCAGAGAAGGAAAAGAACAUGACCUUAGCAUUUCCUCAGAGAGCACACAUGUGACUUUGUAUGGCUUACUACGUGCUAACAAUCUCCACAGUGGUGACAACUUCCCAUUAAAUGAUAACGAAAUUGAACGACAGCAUUUUAAGGACCAAGAUAUGUAUUCUGAUAAAUCUGAUAAAGAAAAUGAUCAGGAGCAUGAUGAGUCUGACAAUGAAGCGAUGGGGAAAAGUGAAGAAAGUGACACAGAUACAUCAGAAAGGCAGGAUGACUCAUACAUUGAACCUGAGCCUGUUGAGCCUUUAAAAGAGACUACCUACUCUGAACAGAGCCAUGAAGAACUGGGAGAGGCAGGUGAGGCUUCUCAAACAGAAACUGUGUCUGAAGAAAACAAAAGUCUUAUCUGGACACUGUUGAAACAAGUCCGUCCUGGCAUGGACCUGUCAAGGGUGGUUCUGCCUACAUUUAUUCUGGAGCCUCGUUCUUUCCUGGAUAAACUUUCAGAUUACUACUAUCAUGCAGAUUUCCUGUCUGAGGCUGCUCUUGAAGAAAAUCCUUAUUUCCGUUUGAAGAAAGUAGUGAAAUGGUAUUUGUCAGGAUUCUAUAAAAAGCCAAAGGGAUUGAAGAAACCAUAUAAUCCUAUACUUGGUGAGACUUUCCGGUGUUUAUGGAUUCAUCCCAGAACAAACAGCAAAACUUUUUAUAUUGCUGAACAGGUGUCCCAUCAUCCACCAAUAUCUGCCUUUUAUGUUAGUAACCGAAAGGAUGGAUUUUGCCUUAGUGGCAGUAUCCUGGCUAAGUCCAAGUUCUAUGGAAACUCAUUAUCUGCAAUAUUAGAGGGAGAAGCACGGUUGACUUUCUUGAAUAGAGGUGAAGAUUAUGUAAUGACAAUGCCAUAUGCCCAUUGUAAAGGAAUUCUUUAUGGUACAAUGACACUGGAACUUGGGGGAACAGUCAAUAUUACAUGUCAAAAAACUGGAUACAGUGCAGUACUUGAAUUCAAACUAAAGCCAUUUCUAGGUAGUAGUGAUUGUGUUAAUCAAAUAUCAGGGAAACUUAAAUUGGGAAAAGAAGUCCUAGCUACAUUGGAAGGUCAUUGGGAUAGUGAAGUUUUUAUUAAUGACAAAAAGACUGAUAAUUCGGAGGUUUUCUGGAAUCCAACACCUGACAUUAAGCAAUGGAGAUUAAUAAGACACACUGUAAAAUUUGAAGAGCAGGAAGAUUUUGAAUCAGAGAAACUCUGGCAGCGGGUAACUAAAGCCAUAAAUGCCAAAGAUCAAACUGAAGCUACUCAAGAGAAGUACGUUUUAGAAGAAGCUCAAAGACAAGCAGCCAGAGAUCGGAAAACAAAAAAUGAAGAGUGGGCCUGCAAAUUAUUUGAACUUGAUCCACUCACAGGAGAAUGGCAUUACAAGUUUGCAGAUACCCGACCAUGGGACCCACUUAAUGAUAUGAUACAGUUUGAAAAAGAUGGUGUUAUCCAGACCAAAGUGAGACAUCGUACUCCAAUGGUUAGUGUCCCAAAAAUGAAACAUAAGCCAACCAGGCAACAGAAGAAAGUGGUGAAAGGCUAUUCCUCCCCAGAACCUGAUAUCCAGGACUCAUCUGGAAGCGAAACUCAAUCACUGAAACAAAGUACAAGAAGAAAGAAAGGGAUAGAACUGGGAGACAUUCAAAGUUCCAUCGAAUCCAUAAAACAAACACAGGAAGAAAUUAAAAGAAAUGUUAUGGCUCUUCGAAAUCAUUUAGCUUCAAGCACACCUGCCACGGAUUAUUUUCUGCAGCAAAAAGACUACUUCAUCAUUUUCCUCCUGAUUUUGCUUCAAGUCAUAAUAAACUUCAUGUUUAAGUAGAAGUUCUUUACAAUUGAAUCAAUGAACUGAAAUGAUCAGAUUUGGCCUGGGACCAAUGUUCAAGUUGGUUUGGUCUUUAUUAAAACAACACACUAUUUCUAAAACAAAAAACCUUAGAGAUAAAUGUAGAGGUGUUAACCUUUCAUACCUUUAUCCUUAACCUGAAACAAAAGCUAUCCUAUUUGGUUAUUAAAGUGAGCUAUGUGUUAAAUGCCAGAACAUUCCUAGCUUUUGUGUGUCUACAUGUGAAUAUAAUAAAUCCACACGUAUAUACAGUGUCUCUUAUGUACUCUUAUCUGGCAGUAGUCUUUGCAUUCUGUAGUUAUGUUCUGAGAUAUAUCAUUAACAUUGUUCAUAAGAAAGAUACUAUCAAUCUUCUCAUAAAUAUAUGUAAUCUGUUUUCUUCAUAAAACAGGCAUAAAACCUUUUAUCAAUAAAGAAUUGCAGAAUAGGAAAUGAUGGAUUAAUAGAAAAAUAAUUCAGUACACUGUACUGUUAAAAAAAAAAAUCAUUUUCAAAGCACCUAGCUAAAUGGUCUAGAAGCAGUGAAAAAAAGUGUGAAUGGCUGAAAUUGAUAUAUUGAGAAAGACAGAUGGCAAAAUGUUUUUGAAAAAGUUUACGUAAGAUUUUUUUGAAUCCCUAGAAUUUAAUUUAAUAUUUAUAGAUAUAUAUGUUCAUAUGUGUAUAUCAAUAUAAAAACUGAUAUGCAGCUACUUGGAUUGAUUGAUUAUAUCUUUAUCAUACUUAUAUGAUACCACCUUAAGCACUUGCUAAAAAAAAGUGUAAAUGGUCAAAGUAAAUUGCUGUUCUUUUUUCUUAUUUUUGUUUUCUUAAGUCAUCUAGUCCAUAACAUAAGCCAAAUUCUAGAGUAGGGCAUAUGAAAUGCUGAUAAUUCAUGCUUUCUCAUUAUGAGCAGCUUAUUUUUGCUUUCAUUUAGAUCUUAGUGUGUCAGUAAAUAGAGUAGAAAAAUUAUAACCAAUAUUUUACUUCAAAAGCCAAAAAGAGAAAGGCAACAAGAAAAGAUAGUUACUCAUUGUGGUAUAAUGUAUGUGUACAUUAUAAUUGGUUUUCUUUAAAAUGUGCAGUAAGUUGAGCAUGUAAGAACAUCAGGUAAUGAAGUUUAAUUCUUUAUUAUCCGCCUCUGUUCUUAGUAACUUUAUUCUGUGGCAAAACUGCAGUCAAUUUUUCCUGAUUUCUUUUGUUCAGGCUCAGGCAGACAUUUUUUUUUUUUAAUUUCAGUUGACUAUUUUGAGUUUGUGUUUUUUCCAUAAGUUUUUAUAAUCCUCAAAAGCAAUUUUUGCAAGUGUAGUUAGGUUUAGGAAUGUAAGCUAUAUCUUAUAAUCCUGAAAGUACACAUUUUGAAUUGGUUAUUAAUGAAAAUGAAGGUCAGAUAGAGAAUAAUUGCUCUGGCCACUUUUGCCUUUGACAAAGAAGAGACUGUGAGAAACUAGGAAAAAUUAUAGUCAAUUGGUUAUACCAUGAUAAAUAUAAAACCAGGGGAUAAUUGCUAAAUUAUGAAAA